CAAUCAUUGUUCCGCUGAUUCUGUCACACAGGCGUGCUGACGCUGAGACGCUGCCCUUCCUUCCAACUCAGCGUCCGCACCGGCCGUGACGUACACGGAUUCUAAAAUGGCGGCAGUAACGAUCGCUUUGAAUUUUAGCUCAGCGGAUAAAGUUUAAAAUAACCCUCUAACGGUGGAGUAUUAAUUACACUGGGAUAUGCACACGGAGUAGACUUAUAAAGGACGUUUCAAUCAUGGACUCUGUUGUAGGGGAAGACCCGACCCUACCUCUUGAUUUCAAUGGCAGUUCCAACGUGUCCAGGGUCCCCAAUAUGGCAGGUGUUGGAGACUCCCAGGAUUAUGUGCCAGUGCCUAGCUAUUUACCUGGGGAAAAAACAUCUCCAACCAAAGCACGGGCGAUGAAAGAAUAUGAAAAUCAAAUCACUGACCUGAAGAAGGAAAAUUUCAACCUGAAGCUUCGCAUCUACUUCCUGGAGGAGAGGAUGCAGCAGAAGUUUGAUGAUGCCAGUGAGGAUAUCUAUAAAACUAACAUUGAACUGAAGGUUGAGGUGGAAAGUCUGAAGCGUGAUUUGCAAGAGAAGCAGGAACUGCUUAUUAAAGCCUCAAAAGCUGUUGAGAGCCUUGCUGGAAACAACAGCAGUGAGCUUCAUCGUAUGAAAGAAAGAUCGAUGAGAGAGUUGGAGAAAAUGAAGGAGAUUUUUGACAAGAAGAUUGAAGAACUGGAAGAGAAUCUUAAAGCUGCCCAGGAUGACGUAGAGAAAAUGGCUGACAUUGCAGAGCAAGAAAAACUACGGAAUAUGGAGAUGGAAAAACAACUGUUAUCUAUUACUGUUUCAAAUCCGAAUGUAACGGUUCCUGGUAUAGAUAUAAAAGAACGCUUGAAGGAAAAGGACAAUAUUAUUGAACAACUGAGUUAUUCAUUGAAAAACAAAGGUGCUGUUAUUGAACAACUUCAAAAUGAAAAGGCAAAACUGGAAGACAGCAGCAGUGAACUAUAUCCUCUUAGAGAGCAGAUCAGUGAACUUACUGAAGCUCUGCAUGGGAAGGAAGGAGAAGCAGAGGCCCUGAAAAUCGAACUGGCAAAGGAGAAGAUAAGAUAUCAAAGAGAAAUUCAGAGCCUGGCUGAAAAACAUAAAGAACUGUCCAACCUGGAAGCAGCUACCCGACAGUUAACUGGAGACCUGGAGAGCACUAGAAUGAUGAUUGAUACUCUGAAAAAGAGAUUGGAGGAAGCCGAUGAAGACAAUAAGAAUCUGAACGGGAGGCUUGAAGAAAGAGUCAAUGAACUGGCUUUAGAAAAGAAAAACAGUCUGAAGAGAGACAAAACUAUCCAAGGCCUUAGCCUUGUGCUCAAGGAUAAAGAUAAGGAGAUAGAGGAGCUUUGCCAUGAAAUUGAAGACCGGGACAAUGCUUUAGUAAAGGCCAGAGAAGCUGCCCAUAAGGCACAAAUCCAGAAAUACCAGGGUGCCGAGGAGCAUCAGAGUCUCCUGACAGAGAAGGAAGCUGAGCUGGCAAAGCUGCUUUCAGACCAUCACGCCAACACAAUGGAGAACCAGAAGCUACAGAGAGCCCUUGGCCGAAGGGUGCAGGAACUAAGUGACCUUAAUCAAACCAAAGAGCAGCUGGAGAAAGAACUGGAAGACAUGCAGGAGCUGAAGAACAAAGGGGACAAGGAUGUUAAUGAUCUGAGGAACCAGCUGAAGAAGCUGAAUGGCGAGAUGGCAGAGAAGGAGCAUGCCUUGGAGCAGCAGUACCAAGCGCUGUUGAGCGAGAGCAAGCAGAAAGUACAGAGCCAAGAAAUCACGAUCAAGCGCCUGACCAGCAGUCUAAACGAAAAGGAUGAGCUGCUCCAGGAAUAUUUGAACAUGGCUAAAGAUGCUAAUCAAGAGAGGAAUCGCAGCCCUGAUGGGAGGGAUGCCAUGCUGGCUAAGUUACGGGAACGUCUCAAAGAGAAAGAAAAAGCACUUGAGCAAGCUAUUGAUGAGAAAUUUGCUGCCAUUGAGGAAAAGGACAAUGAAAUCAGACAGCUGCAGCUGUCUUUACGAGAGAAGGAGCGUGAUCUAGAAAGACUGAACAACCUUCUUUCUCAUAAUGAGGAGACUAUUAAUAGCUUUGACAGUGUGAUCAAAGAAAAAGAUGUGGAGCUGCAACACCUGGUGAAUUCCUGUAAAAACCUUCAGAGGGCUAAGCAGGAACUGGAAGACAACUUGGCACGUGCACUGCGAGAGAAGGAUGCUAUUAUAUCUCAGCUACAACAAUCGCUUGCUAACAAGAACAAAGACAUGGAGGAAAUGGCAAACACAUUGCUAAACCAGACUCAGAGCAACGUCCGGGACCUAACUGAACAGCUGAGACAACGGUUAAAAGUAACUGAGACCAUGUUGGCAGAGGCUAUGAAAGACAAAGAGCGACUGGUGUCUGAAAAUCAAAAUGCGGUUGAAGGACUUCUGGCCACUGUCGGCAGCAAAGAUCAACUUCUAAAGGAGUCUGCUGAACAUUAUAACCGCACCUUAGCAGAACGUAAUCUUGAAAUCCAGGAUCUAAGGAGGCAUCUUUCUGAAAAAAAGCAUGAAGUAUCCAUCUUGGAAAAACAGAGUUCAGUGAUAACGCACGAGAAAUACAUUGAAACUGCAGAGCUCAAAGUGUUGCUCACAGAAAAGGACACCAUUAUAAACAAACUAGUGGAGAGCGGACAGGAGAGAGAUAAAUACCUGGCUGAGUUGAAAAUGCAGGAAGCUCCCAUACCUCGGGUGCUAGAGUUGAAACAGACUAUACAGAUCCUGCAGGAGCAAUUGGAAGAGAAAGAGGCUGAGUUGACACAGAAGAAAGGUGAUGUAAAUGUGGCUAAAAUACCCAUCAUUAAAAAGAGUGCAGUAACUUUGAAGAAAGAAUUGGCACAGAAAACUGAUGACCUGAACAAGGCUUUGAAGAAAGAGAAUGAGUUGCAGAUAGAGGUUGCUGAACUUCGUUCUUUGUUGGCAGAUCUGGAAAAUCGUCAUGAGGCUCAGGCAGCAAAUAUAGAGUCUCUGACCAAAACUUUGGAUGUCAAGGAUGAAAUCAUAAGGGAUUUGCAUACGAGACUGGGCAAACCGCCUAAACACAACGGAGUGGAACUGCAGACCCAAAGAGGGGUGGUGAUGAGGGAGGGAAUACAGAGCCCAGGGAUCCCUCAGAGAGAGAGCACAAUCAUUGGAGGAAACAGCCAGCAGGAGGCUUUGCCCGCUCUGCAGACUGUGCUGUCUGAAUAUGAUGCACUCAACAAGGCUCUGAAGGCAGAGCAGCAGCUUUACUCCAGCCUUGUGAGGACAGUGAAGGAGCCAGACAGUACACAACGCAUCCAUAAUUUACAGAUGGAAUUAACUGCAGUUCAGUUACUGAGGCAGAAGUUGGAAGAGGGCAUCAGAAGUAAUGAAGAUCUGCGAAAGGACUUGGAGAAAGAGCUGCAGAGGACAAAACGAAAAGAAGUGACUGAUGCGCAGACAGGCCUGAUUGAUCCCAGGGAGAUGGAGACUUUGAAGCAUCAGCUGGAGGAUGCUCAGCGCUGGAACACCUCUCUGCAGGCCAGGCUUGGGAAGAUCCAGGGGAGAGGAGGGGGAGUAGGAGGCACAAAUGACACAUCUGACACCUUCAGUUUUACUGGUGACCAGACAUCAUAUAUGAGUAUAUAUUUGGGAGAGCAUGAUGAACUAGAGGGGGAUAUAGAAAAUCUUUCCCUACCAGAACUGAGGCGAAAGGUCCAGGAACUGUUAGAGUAUGUGAAAGAGUUGCAAGCAUUCAACAAGGAUCUUCAGAACAAAGCUUCAUUAACUGAGAACUCUGUGGAGCAAGACAAACAGGAUAUACUGACAUUGUCUUCACAGAAUAAGCUCCUUGAAAAGAAGCUGGCAGAUGCUGUGAAAACAAACAAGGCCCUCCAUGACCAGCUAAACAGACAGGGUCAAAAAUCAGCUCAGAAUGUGAUAAAACCCCAAGUUAAAGAUCAAAAGAUUCAAACAUCUCCAGAGAAGGAGAGGAAUUCAAAGGCUUCCCCCCAGGGGAACAGAGCUGAACAUCAAGGUAAUAAGAGUUCGGGGAUAAAGCCACCUGGCAGAAAGGAAUCCACCUCUGCUUCACCUGAUAGCGAAAAGACUGAGCUGGAUCUAGAGGAUCAGAAUGUAGUUGAAACAGAACUCAAUGAAACAUCUUGUCGGAUGGAGACAAUUGGAAAAGAGCUUAAAACUGCAGAGAAGCCGCCAUGUAAAGAUGAAGGAAAUAACCAGAAUAUGGAGAUGGAGAUAGCCUCUUUAAGAUCCCUUUUGAAUGAAACUGGAUCAGCGUCGGUAAUUGAACUCAGAAAUGAACUUGCCAGGCUGAAUAAUGAGAAUACUAAUCUCCAAAGCAUUCUGAAAGAAAUGCAGUCCACAGAGUUCAAAGAAAGCUGUGAUGAUUCAGGAGAUGGAGAAAUCAAAAAGGAUCUAAAGAAAGUGGUGAAAAGGUUAAAAACAGAAUUAAUGGAUGCCAGAAAAAUUAUCAAACUCCUGAAGGAACAACUGGAACUUAAUUCCUCCAUGGACAGUGAAAACAGUUUUAAUCCAGACCUGAUUGUAAGCAUGGCUAAAGAAAUUGAUCAUCUGAAAAAGGAACAUGAAGCCUCCACAAAGAGAAGGGUAAUCCUGGAGAAAAUGCUAAAGGAAAUGGAGGCACAGCAGCCAAGGGGUAUUGAUGAAAGGGACCAGCGAAGAAAUUCACAGGAAACAUUACAACGGCAAGAAGCAAGGAUACAUUCAACACCUGGGUCCACGAUUGGUGCAAAGUCCCGUCUUCCUGUUCCUGUGAAGUCCUCCAAGGCAGCAGGCAAUAAUAAUAACAACGGAGCUAAUCAGAACACAGAGCCAGACCCACAAGUUGAAAAGCUUCAAAGUGCCCUUCAGGAGAAGAACAAAGAGUACAGAGAACUGCAGGAAAGUUUAUGCACAGCAGAGUUCACCCUUACACAUCAGAAAGUGAACAAAACGGAGGCUACUCAGACCACAGACCCAAGUACUGACUUUAACCUUUGUAAGCAGAUAGAUCAGCUUCAGAAAGCACUUCAGGAAAAGAAUCAACUUAAUAAAGAGCUGCAGGAAUUGCUAUGCAAAGCAGAGUCUGCCCUAGCAAGUCAGAAUACUGAUAGAACAGGUCAUCUAUAUAAAGACCUGGAUCAUCAACAGGAGCAACAGGAAGAGAAGCUUCAGCAAGCUCUUCUGGUAGAUCAACUCCAGAAAGGUCUUCAGGAGAGGAAUGCGCUUAACAGACAACUUGAAGAUAGGUUAUCUGGAGCAGAGGCAUGUCUGAAUGUGAACAGAACUUCAGCUAGUACGAACAUAGACCUGGACCUUCACCAGUUGCAGAAAGCCCUUCAGGAGAAGAAUCAGAUUAACAAAGACUUGUUGGAAAGACUACAUGGGGCAGAGUCUAUCAUAGAACAUCUAAAUGGUAAUAAAGGUGUAGCUAAUCAGAAUGAAGACAUGGAACUUCAUCAGCAGGUUAACCAGCUUCAGAAAUCCCUACGGGAGAAGCAUGAACUUAACAAGAAACUUGAGGAAAGGCUAUCUGAAGCAGAGUCCACCUUAACAGUUCUGAAUGCUAAUGGGGCUUCAUCUAGUACAAACAUAGACCUGGACCUUCGCCAGCUGCAAAAAGUCCUUCAUGAGAAGAAUCAAAUCAACAAAGACUUGCUGGAAAGGCUACACAAGGCAGAGUCAACCAUAGAACAUAUGAAAUCUAGUAGAGCCGUUGCUAAUCCGAAUACAGACGUCAAUCUUUAUCUGCAGGUAGAUCAGCUUCAGAAAGCUAUUUUGGAGAAGAAACAACUUUACAAAGAGCUUCAGGAUUUACUGCAGACAGCAGAAUCUACCAUAGAAUGCCAAAAUGCUACUGGAACUUCAGCUAGUCCAAAUAAAGAACUGGCUCAUCAUCAACAGGUAGAUCAGCUUCAGAAAGACCUUCAAGAGAAUAAUGACCUUUACAAAGAGUUACACGAGUUACUGAGCGUAGCUCAGUUGACAAUUGCAUGUCAAAAUGCUAACCAGACUUCUGGUCCAAACACAGACUUAGAACUUCAUCAGCAGGUAGAUCAACUCCAUAAAGGUCUUCAGGAGAAGAAUGAACUUAACAAUCGGCUUCAGGAAAGGCUAUCUAGAGCAGAGGCACGUUUGAAUGUGAAGAGAACUUCAGCUAGUACAAACACAGACCUUGAUCUUUACCAGUUGCAGAAAGCCCUUCAGGAGAAGAAUGAACUUAACAAACAACUUGAGGAAAGACUAUGCGCUCCAGAUGCAAUUCUGAAUGUGAACAGAAAUUCAGCUAGUACAAACACAGACUUGGACCUUCACCAGCUAGAAAAAGUCCUUCAUGAGAAGAAUCAAAUCAACAAAGACUUGCUGGAAAAACUACACAGAGCAGAGUCUACUGUAGAACAUCUCAAAUCUAGGAGAGCUGUUGCUAACCAGAAUACAGACCCAAAUCUUUAUCUGCAGAUGGAUCAACUUCAGAAAAACAUUUUGGAAAAGAAACAACUUUACAAAGAGCUUCAGGAAUUACUGCAGACAGCAGAAUCUACCCUAGAACGCCAGAAUGCUACUGGAACUUUAGCUAGUCCAAAUAAAGAACUGGAUCUUCAUCAACAGGUAGAUCAGCUUCAGAAAGUCCUUCAGGAGAAGAAUUACCUUUACAAAGAGUUGCACGAGGUACUGCACGCAGCACAGUUGACCAUUGCAUGUCUAAAUGCUAACCAAACUUCAAUUGGUCCAAACACAGAGUUAGAACUUCAUCAUCUGGUAGAACAACUCCAGAAAGGUCUUCAGGAGAAGAAUGAACUCAACAGACAGCUUGAGGAAAAACUAUCUGGAUCAGAGGCACGUCUGAAUGUGAAGAGAACUUCAGCUAGUACAAACACUGACUUGGACUUUCACCAGUUGCAGAAAGCCCUUCAAGAGAAGAAUCAGAUUAACAAAGACUUGCUGGAAAGAGUACACAGAGCAGAGUCUACCAUAGAACAUGUAAAUAGUAAAAAGGAUGUAGCUAAUCAGAAUGAAGACAUAGAACUUCACCAGCAGAUUGACCAGCUUCAGAAAGCCCUUCGGGAGAAGAAUGAACUUAACAAACAACUUGAGCAAAGACUGUGCGCAACAGAGGCACUUCUGAAUGUGAACAGAGCUUCAGCUAGUACGAACACAGACCUGGACCUUAGCCAGCUGCAAAAUGUCCUUCAUGAGAAGAAUCAAAUCAACAAAGACUUGCUGGAAAAACUACGUAAGACAGAGUCUUCAGUAAAACAUUGCAAUGCUUAUAGUGCUGUUGCUAAUCAGAACAUAGACCCGGACCUUCAACAGCAAGUUGACCAGCUUCAGAAAGCCCUUCAGGAGAAGAAUGAACUUAACAAGCAAAGGCUAUCUGGAGCAGAGUCCACCUUAACCGUUAUGAAUCCCAACAGAACUGUAGCUGGUCAAAACACAGACCUUCACCAGCUGCCAAAAGCCCUUCAUGAGAAGAAUCAAAUCAACAAAGACUUGCUGGAAAGGCUACACAAGGCAGAGUCUACCAUAGAACAUUUGAAAUCUAGUAGAACUGUUUCUAAUCAGAACACAGACAUGAAUCUUCAGGUCGAUCAGCUUCAGAAAGCCAUUUUGGAGAAGAAACAACUUUACAAAGAGCUUCAGGAAUUACUGCAGACAGCAGAAUCUACCCUAGAACAUCAGAAUGCUACUGGAACUUUAGCUAGUCCAAAUAAAGAACUCAAUCUUCAUCAACAGGUAGAUCAGCUUCAGAAAGCCCUUGAAGAGAAGAAUUGCCUUUACAAAGAGUUACCCAAGUUACUGCGUGCAGCUCAGUUCACCAUUACAUGUCUAAAUGCUAACCAAACUUCAGUUGGUCCAAACACAGAACUUCAUCAGCAGUUUGAUCAACUCCAGAAAGGUCUUCAGGAGAAGAAUGAACUUAACAGACAGCUGGAGGGAAAACUAUCUGGAGCAGAGGCACGUCUGAAUGUAAAGAGAACUUCAGCUAGUACAAACACUGACUUGGACUUUCACCAGUUGCAGAAAGCCCUUCAGGAGAAGAAUCAGAUUAACAAAGACUUGCUGGAAAGAGUACACAGAGCAGAGUCUGUCAUAGAACAUGUAAAUAGUAAAAAGGAUGUAGCUAAUCAGAAUGAAGACAUGGAACUUCACCAGCAGAUUGACCAGCUUCAGAAAGCCCUUCGGGAGAAGAAUGAACUUAACAAACAACUUGAGGAAAGACUGUGCGCAACAGAAGCACUUCUGAAUGUGAACAGAACUUCAGCUAGUACGAACACAGACCUGGACCUUAGCCAGCUGCAAAAUGUCCUUCAUGAGAAGAAUCAAAUCAACAAAGACUUGCUGGAAAAACUACGCAGGGCAGAGUCUAUAAUAAAAUAUCAUAAUGCUUCUAGUGCUGUAGCUAAUCAGAACAUAGACCUGGACCUUCAUCAGCAGGUUGACCCGCUUCAGAAAGCCCUCCAGGAGAAGAAUGAACUUAGCAAGGAACUUGAGGAAAGGCUAUCUGAAGCAGAGUCCACCUUAACAGUUCUGAAUGCUAACGGGGCUUCAACUAGUACAAACAUAGACCUGGACUUUCGCCAGCUACAAAAAGUCCUUCAUGAGAAGAAUCAAAGGCUACACAAGGCAGAGUCAACCAUAGAACAUCUGAAAUCUAGUAGAGCCGUUGCUAAUCCGAAUACAGACGUCAGUCUUUAUCUGCAGAUAGAUCAGCUUCAGAAAGCCAUUUUGGAGAAGAAACAACUUUACAAAGAGCUUCAGGAAUUACUACAGACAGCAGCAUCUACUCUAGAAUGCCACAAUGCUACUGGAACUUUAGCUAGUCCAAAUAAAGAACUUGAUCUUCAUCAACAGGUAGAUCAGCUUCAGAAAGCCCUUGAAGAGAAGAAUUGCCUUCACAAAGAGUUGCACGAGUUACUGCGCACAGCUCAGUUGACCAUUGCAUGUCUAAAUGCUAACUGCACUUCCACUGGUCCAAAUGCAGACUUAGAACUUCAUCAGCAGUUAGAUCAACUCCAGAAGGGUCUUCAGGAAAAGAAUGAACUUAACAAACAGCUUGAGGGAAAACUAUCUGGAUCAGAGGCAUGUCAGAAUGCGAUGAGAACUUCAGCUAGUACGAACACUGACCUUCAGCAUCUGCAGAAAGCCCUUCAGGAGAAGAAUCAGAUUAACAAAGACUUGCUGGAAAGACUACACAAGGCAGAAUCUACCAUAGAACAUCUGAAUGCUAAUAGAGGGGUAACAAAUAGGAAUACAGAGCUGGAAGUUCACCAGCAGAUAGAGAAGCAGCAGAAAGCCAUUCAGGAGUUGAAUGAACUUAACAAACAACUUGAGGAAAAACUAUUUGCUACAGAAGAACUUUUGAAUGAGAACAGAACUUCAGCUAGUACAAACACUAACCUGGACCUUCAACAGCUGCAGAAAGCACUUGAGGAGAAGAAUCAUAUUAACAAAGAAUUGUUGGAAAGUCUACACAGGGCAGAGUCUACGAUAGAAGAUUUAACUAAUAACAAAGGUGUAGACAAUUGGAACACAGAUGGGGACCUUCAUCGGCAGGUUGGCGAGCUUCAGAAAGCCCUAAAGGAGAAGAAUAAACUUAACAAACAACUUGAGGAAAGGCUAUCUGAAGCAGAGUCCACCUUUGCACUGGAACUUUACCAACUUCAAAAAGACCUCCAGGAGAAAACUGAAAUUAACAAAGAGCUGCAGGAGAGAUUACAUGCGGCAGAGUCUAUCAUAGAAUGUCUGAAUGAUAAUCCUAACCAAGACACACACCUUCAUCAAAUGGUAGAUCAGCUUCGUAAAACCCUUCAGGAAAAGAACCAAUUUUGUGAAAAGCUGAAGGAAAGAUUAUUCACAGCAGAAUCAACUACAUCCCAUCUGAAUCCCAACAGAGCUGUAAAUAAUGAGAACCCAGACAUGGACCACCUUCAGCAAGUAGAUCAGCUGCAGAAAGCCUUACAAGAGAAGACCCAAAUUGUCAAGCAACUACAGCAAAGGCUACACACAGCAGAGCUUGCCCUAACCCACCUGAAUGCUAACAGAGCUGUAACUAAACAGAGCGCAAAUCUGGACCUUCAAAAGCAGGUAGACCAGCUCCAGAAAGCUCUUCAGCAGAAGAAGCAAAUUAACCAGGAGCUGCAGCAAAGACUAGGCACUGCAGAGUCCAUCAUAGCACAUCAGAAUUCUAAUCAAAAAAUGCAUGAAGCCGGGACUUUUUUGGAACAGGAUGACAAAGAGGUUCAGGUGGAUUUGCAAGACCUUGGUUACGAAACCUGUGGAAAGAGUGAAAAUGAAGUGGAUAGGGAAGAAAACCGUAGUACAGAUGAUAAUCAGAUUAAACAACACAUGAAUGAAGCCAGCCUCCCAUCCCUGCUCAAAAGAGAUGGACAAUUCUUCUCUAUGGAGAAUCUUGAUACAAACUCGUCAACCUCUUAUCCAAGUUCUUCCUGUCUGAGCUCCCCCAAAAUCAGCAUGAAGAGCCUGCAAAUCUAUGAUGACUAUGGCUUUACAGAUGACUCAGAUGAGCUCAAGCAGCAAGUUAUGGAACUGAAAACAAAACUGGAGAAUUAUCAGAGGGUUAUUCACCACCUGCAGAGUCUUCUCCGCAGAAACUCCCUGUCAAGUGAUCUCUUGACCAUUGGGUCAGAACCAGGCCAGCAGACCACAGUGAAGCUCCAGGAAGAACAUGGAGAUUUAGAAAAGGAUGGACAAGAGAUGUGUUCUCACAAGUCUUUGGGUCUGUUUAGCCAAGACCACAGCCAAAAUGGAAGCUUUCCUUUAGGCCAUGACGAUGAAGAUAAGCAGAUGCUAAAGGACGAAAUAACAAGCCUUAAGAUUGAACUUGACAAGGAGAAGGCCUCAAACAAGAAUCUUUUGGAACAGUUGCAUCAACUUCAGUCAAAAAUCAGAUCAGCAUCCCCAGCCAGGUUUGAUUCGCUGGUGCAGUCCCAGGCUCGAGAGCUGUCACACCUCAGGCAGAAGAUCAAGGAUUCCCGCAGCCUGGGCACGCUGCAUCAUCACCAGCUGGAGGAUCUCAACAAGUCCUUUGAAGAGCUGCUGCAGGCCAGCGAUGUGGAUUACUAUGUGGGGAAAGCUUUCCGGGGACAGCUGGACAAGAGCCUUUUAGUGCUUGGAAAGCUGGAAGAACGGCUUGAAUGCGGGGAUGGGUAUUCAGACAACGAAGACAACACGCUUCUUGAAUUCGCAGAAAGAGAGUCUUUCUCUUUCUCACUGGUUAGUCCUGAAAGCCUAAAGCAUGAAAUAACCUACCUCCGAAAACAACUUGACAGUGAGAGGAGGCAGCUGCAAAAGCAGCUGAAAGAUCUUGCGAGACACAACCAGAACUUAGCCCAAGCCACGGAGGAACAGCUAGAUGUGCUUUCAAGGGAGGUGCAGGAGAAGAAUAAGGUGAUCCAGCAGCUACAGGUCAGGAAUAAGUCAGUAGAGCUGUCUACUAGCCACAACUCCUCUGAUUCAGAAGCUUCUGACAGAUAUUCACGGAGGAUUCUGGAUAGUGGAUCAGACACUCUGCAUGCGCUCCAGUGUCGUGACGGGAAAUACGGCCAAGGCCGAACAUCUGCAGGGACAAAAGUGCCUUAUGGUCUGCAGGUGGAAGAGACUGCACAGCCACCUGGUAUUAUCAGUGCCUCCACUGGAAAAGCAACUGUUCUGGGCAAAGAGAAUGGAGGUGGCAGUCGCAGACAGUCACAGACGCUGCUGUCCACCGACACACAGAUCUUGGAAAAUAAAGGCGGCCUGGCCCAGCAGCAGCGUUUACAAGGGCUGCAGAGAGAGAACAGCUUGUUACAGGAGAAGCUCAAAAACAGUGAGCAGCUGAACGAGACUCUGCGUACCGAAGUGGAUCUGCACCGCUCGAUCAUCAAUAACAGAGAGGACGCCGGGGAAGAGAGAGGCUUGUCACCUAAACCUCAGGACAGAUCCUCAAGAGAAGACAGGGCCAGCACAGGGCUGACAGAAAGCAGGAAUGAGCCGUCUGGACUGUUCAAUACAGACCUGCUUGCAGAACAUCUUCAGGAAAUCCGUAGUCUGAGGCAACGCUUGGAGGAGUCCAUCCGAACGAAUGACCGGCUAAGGGAGCAGCUUGAGCGCAGGCUGGCCGAAGCUGAACCGGACCCAGCUUCUACUAAUAUAUUUAUCCAUGGAUCAGAGGAGCAAGGACAGCUGGCCAAUGAGGUCCACUUCCUCUGGAGACAAAACCAGACACUCAAGGACCAGCUAUCAUUGGGAUCGAGAGAUAAGCAAAAGGAGAAUGAAAAGCUCAGAGAGUCCCUCGCAAAGAGAAAUUCCAAACUGGAGUAUCUGCGAAAUGAAUAUGAGCAUGUAAAGAAGGAGGCCGUCCGCCUGGAAAACAAAUUCAGAGGGAGUCUGGAAGAAAACGAGCACCUGAAAGAGGCGCUGCAUCACAGUCGAGAUGAAAUCAACAGGUUGCAGUCUGAAAUAGGCAUACAGCGGCAGCAGCUUUCUGACAGCCAGCAUCUCCUGCAGUCCCUCCGAGUGGAGCUGCAGGUAUAUGAACAGCUGAAGGCAGCCAGUGACAAAAGGACAGUUUCAGAUGCCACAUCGGGACAAACCCAGGACGCGUCAGCACCCAGCCAUGGGCCACUUGACUUGAGUGAGCUGUUGUCUGAAAUCCGUCACUUAAGAAUCCAGCUCGAGAGGAGCAUUCAGACAAACAAUGCGCUGCGACAGAGGCUGGAGGAACAGCUGCUGAGGGGGCAAGGGAAAGUGGAGGGAUCCCCUUCAACCAUCAACAUCAACUACCUCCUGAGCGGAGAGCAGAGACAUUCAACCCUCAGCAAUUAUGGAGAUAAUGGUUCGAAAUCACCAGCACAGGAUGAAAACUUUCCUCUUCCUUCUUACCGUGACUCUCCAAAAUCUGGGAGGUCUCCUCCCAACAGGGAUGGUGCAAAAGCAUUGCACGGUGUCCAAGAAAUGAAACACCAUCCAACAGACGAGCUGGACUCUGCAUCACAGUGCAGUGGCAGCUCUGCUGACAGCACCACACAUACUCCCUCUCGUCUCGUCCCAGGACAUCGCUUAUGGGCCAGCAGAAGUGGCCGGCACAUACUCGGCUUGAUCGAGGAUUACAAUGCUCUCCGCAAGCAGAUUUCAGAGGGGAAAGUGUUAACCUGUGGAAUGGAAAAUAACCUCCAGGAGUGCUUCCAUGCCAUUUCACAGCAAGGGACAGAAUCAGUGGUACUUGAUCAACGGUUCUUAAAAGGCUUCUCCUCAGAUGUUAAUACAAUGCAGCAGAUUCUGGAGGAAGCCAGUCGUUUGCUGAAGCUGCUGUGGAAGGUUUCACUGCCAACUAAUACAUCCAACAGCAGCAGCCAGAACCGCCAGGACGAAAUGAUGAAGACUGAAAUUGCAAGACUGCGCAGCAAACUGUCCCAGCAGGAGAGGAUGCUGAACGGAACAGUCAAACGCCUUCGAUCCACCAACCGACUCAAAGAGGGAAUGGAGAAAGUGAUCAUUGAUCAAUUGGCGGUGACCCACAAUGUGUUGAAGAAAGCUAGAGGUAAUUUAGAGGCUUUCCCAUACCCGCUGAAGAUUCAGCCCCUGCAGGAAGCCUCAGUAAAUGGGAAUUAAUCUGCGGGGUUGACAAAGCUGCAGACAGACCUGUUCAUCUGAGGAUCAAAAAAGUGACUUUUUAGAAUCUUCCCAAUGGAGCUAUUAAGACUUUAAGAUGUCACCAAGAUGAUAUAUAGAUAGAUAGAUAUAUAUAUACACACACACAUUUUUUAUGCUUUUAAUAUUUUAACAACGCUUAAGAAAAGAGAAAAAAUUGUUAAGUUCAAGUUAAAUUGCUGAAAUACUUUUUAUAAAUUGUAAAGUGUGCUUUUAUUAACGUACUGUAAAAAAAAUAAUUAUGUACAUUUUGCAAGAAUGUUUAGAGUGAAUGUUUAGAGUACAUUUUUACAUAUUUUUUUAACUUACCUGCUGCCUUGCUUUCAGUUGAAAGCAUUGUUUGUAUCAUGAAGCUGUUGUGUUUCAGGAUUUUACGAUUUUAUUUUUUCUUCAAACAUUUACAUAGAAAACAUACCUCCUUUUAAAUUAGUUUCUAAUUUGUACCCCUGGAACUGUUUGAUGUUUUAAAGAGACACAGUUCAUGUGUCAAAGGUAUGAAAAUGUUAAUGUGUACGAACAACUUCACAUUAAAUUGGAAAUUAAGUUUGAAACCUA